AUGGGCAUUGAGACUCCCCCAAGACAUAAGGACAUCGUUACCUCCGACGUUUCAGCACCUUCCAUACGAGUAUCGAGCCCCUUGCUGAAAGGACAAUGGACGUGGAUCCUCCAUCACCUGAGCCACCCGUUUAUCCAGAGGUGCUACCCGCCCCCGCAUCUCUUCCAAGCCCACCUGCAAGAAAGGUCCUCUGAGGGUACAGCUCAUUCGUUCCUGGGAGACCACCACAGGAAGCUCUCCGUUCCUCAGAGACCGACCACGCUUCGAGAAUAUCAGAGCAAGGAAUUAAGGAACUCUACAAGAACAAGUCGUGAACGAGGAGGUUUUCGUCAGGGUGGAUCAACGCAGAGCAGUGCCAGAGAUGGUGGUGCACCCAUGAGAAGGAGGAGAAUCAAAUUUGAUUCAUCGAAGAGUGUUCCCUAUUCUCGACCUCCUGGCGAUAUCAACACUCGCUGCCAGCAUGAUCUUUAUGAUGGCCCGGCUCUCAACAACACGAGGUCAGGAGGUGUAAGCAUGACAGGUGGUCCUACAAAACUUGUCGUCACAAACCUGGACUAUGGAGUGAUCUUCUCAAAAGUUGGUCCUAUACACAGUGCAACGGUGAACUAUGAAAAGUCUGGUCGCUCCAUGGGCUCGGCUUACGUCGUAUUUAAGCGAAAAGCAGAUGCUGUCAGGGCUAUGAAACUGUACAACAGGGUUCCUUUAGAUGGUCGCCCAAUGCAUAUUGAAUUGACUACCUCUGAUGUUUGUGGUUGCGAUGCAUCAAGCCGACCGAGUCAGCGAAGGCUUCACCCCGCAGGCCUAGUGCUGGAGGUUUUGGCCACGGAGUUACUGGAAGAGGUUUCAGAAGAAAUAGUCGAGGCGAGGGAAGAGGUGACGGACGAGCAGCUAAAAAACAAAGUCCCAACUGCUGCAGAGUUAGAUGCUGAAUUAGAUGCGUACAUCAGCCCAAAGAAA